AAACCUCGCAAUCUAGGGUUCAAGCAAAGAUACUUUGCUGCUGAAAUCGCCGGAGGCAACAGUGUGAUUUCUCUAACUACUCUGCAUUCUUCUUCCAGCAGCCAUGAUUAUUUCAGAGAAGAACCGUAGAGAGAUCUCCAAAUACCUCUUCCAAGAGGGAGUGUGCUAUGCAAAGAAGGAUUACAACUUGGCCAAGCAUCCGUUAAUCGAUGUGCCAAAUCUACAGGUUAUCAAGCUGAUGCAGAGCUUCAAAUCUAAGGAGUAUGUUCGCGAGACAUUCGCUUGGAUGCACUACUACUGGUACCUUACAAAUGACGGCAUUGAGUUCCUCAGGACUUACCUUAACCUUCCAUCUGAGAUUGUACCUGCGACCCUGAAAAAGUCUGCUAAGCCCCUUGGUCGCCCCAUGGGUGGCCCUCCAGGCGAUCGUCCUCGUGGACCACCAAGGUUUGAGGGUGAUAGGCCAAGGUUCGGCGAUAGGGAUGGUUACCGUGCUGGACCUAGAGGUCCACCCGGUGAGUUUGGAGGUGAGAAGGGUGGAGCUCCAGCUGACUACCAGCCUGCUUUCAGGGGUUCUGGCGGAAGACCUGGAUUUGGUCGUGGAUCUGGAGGUUUUGGUGGUGGUGCACCUACUAGUUCAAGCUUCUCUUAGAUUCCUACCAUCUUAGACUUACUGGUUGUUUCAAUUUUGAAAUCAGAUGUUGAAAUCACUUGUUUUUUCAUUUUCUUGUUAAAACUUAAUUUUCCAAGCAGGGCAAUUCUAUCUUUGUUGAUCCUUAGAGAACUGUAAGUUUUGCGUCUGUCCCUUGUUCGUUUUGUGUUUUAAUGCUAUUGAGAUAUACUUGCAAUUCGUGUUAUUCCAAUAUCACUUGUCUCUGGCACUGAUGUAUUGGUGAUGUUUUUUUUAUCAGAUCCCCUGUUAAAAUAUGAAAGUGUGUAAAAGUUCUAUUA